AUGGCCCCUUACGAUUCAUCAUCGCGGUCUUCAAUCUCUAUACUCGCCUCUCCACUGAAACUGCCCUGCGGCGUCACGCUCCCUAACCGGCUAGUCAAAUGUCCUAUGCAAGAAACCUGCGCCACACCUCCCAAUUUCGACCCACCCCUAGAUGCAUUCCGGAAUCUCUACGACACAUGGUCCAGCGCGCAGUAUGGCUUGCUUAUCACAGGCCAAGUUCAGAUCGAUAGCCGCUACUUCAGCAUCGCAGGCGACGUCUGUGCCCACAAGGACUCGCUAUCAGAGCCCAUCCUCAGCAAAUGGCGCGAGUGGGCUAGCAUCGCACAACGGCAUGGCACGCCCUGUAUCGUGCAGCUAGCACAUCCCGGGAGGAUGAGUCCGGCAGGUGCGGGCACUAGACCGGCCGACAUGCCGGCGCUGUGUCCUUCGAGUGUACCAGUAUCGAUCGGGAUGGGCGAUGGAUGGCUCGACAAGCUUGCUUUGGAGAAGUUGCUGGGCACGCCCAAAGCCAUGACGAUCGAGGACAUCGACGAGGUCGUUGAGAUGUUUCUCGAUGGAGCUAGAGUCGCCAAAGAGGCUGGUUUCGCCGGCGUACAGAUCCACGCUGCUCACGGCUUCCUCGUGUCAGAGUUCCUGAGUCCACACACUAACAGACGCAAUGAUGCUUACGGAGGUGAUCCAGAGCGAAGAAUGACCUUCCUCAAGCGGCUGGUGAAAGAGGUUCGUGAAGUCAUGGGCCCGGAACGGUGUAUGAGUGUCAAGCUCAAUAGCGGCGACUACAUGGCAGACGGAGGCUUGACACAAGAUGAGGCUUUGGAGCAGGUGCGAUGGUUGGUCGAGUGCGGUAUGGUGGAUUUUGUCGAGAUCUCAGGAGGAAACGCCGAGCAGAAGAGCUCCAAGCUACACAACAGCUUUGGCAACAGGAGUCUCGAGAAGGUCCCCAAACGAGACAGCACCCGGAUACGCGAAGCUGCCUUCAUCGACUUCGCCGAAAGGGUUGAGCAGAUGCAGCCAAUGAUACCGAUCCAGCUUUCCGGAGGCUUCAGAAGUCGAAACGGCAUGGCGGAUGCUAUUGACAGCGGUGCAUGUGACCUGAUAGGCCUGGGGAGGACGGCCGUCCUGGAGCCGCAGCUCCCGAAGACUAUGCUGCUCAACCCUGAUAUCUCUGAUGAUCAGGCCUUGGCUCUUCCUCACCAGAUUAGAGGUCUGUGGUUCUCGAGAUGGAUACCGGCAAAAGUAGUUGGCAGUGGUUUGCCUAUUCAGUUCUUCUACUGGAAUAUGCGCCGUCUAGGAAGAGGUCUGAUGAGUGACCCGAAUGCCAGCAUACCUUGGGUCGUCGCCACCAACACGAUAGAACUACUACAGGCGGUAGUCAGCGGCGUAAGCGGGAGGUUGCGAGGUCUCAUUCCCUCAAGAUACCCAUGGCAGCAUAUUGAAGUCGAGACGGGGUGA